AUAAAAUCACGCUUGUAUUCGUGUGCGUUGUGUGCGUGUGUGGAGGAGAGAGAUCUGAAAAAAGCAUAAAGUGUGAACAGCCGUUGGUUUUGUUUUAUCUUUCCUCUCUUUUUUCGUUUCUACAUUACAACAAUCUCAUCAUUUUUAUACACUCAUUUUUUUUAGUAUUCACCAUACUACUUUUUUUUAGUCUUACUACGCUUUAAUACACGGUAGAGACCCCUUCAAAAGUUGACUCAAAAAUAAUAAUAAUAAUAACCAAUAUUAUUAUCAUGUCUGAUACUCAGCUCAAGGUCCUGAUUAUCGGCAGUGGCGGUCGCGAACAUGCGCUGGCAUGGGCACUGGCAAAGUCGGGCAAGGUCAGCAAGGUGUUUGUCGCACCAGGUAACGGCGGCACGGCCACAGCCAGCGACAAGAUCGAGAACGUGGAUAUUGGACACAGCAAGAGCGAUUUCCCUGCCCUGGUCAAGUUUGCCCAGGCACAGAACGUUGGUCUUGUCAUUCCUGGACCCGAGCAGCCGCUGGUGGACGGCGUGACGGACGCAUUCAAGAGCGUUGGCAUCCCGACGUUUGGACCGUCAGCCAAGGCGGCGCACAUCGAGGGAUCCAAGGCAUUCAGCAAGGACUUUAUGAAGAAGCACAAUAUCCCUACAGCGGCAUACGGCAACUUCACGGACUACGAGCAGGCACGGGCGUUCAUUCAGGCGGCAUCAUUCGAUGUCGUGAUCAAGGCAUCGGGCCUGGCGGCAGGCAAGGGCGUUCUGAUGCCGACAACAAAGGAGGAGGCAUUGCAGGCGCUCAAGUCCGUCAUGGUUGAUCGCGAGUUCGGAUCAGCCGGCGACGAGGUGGUCAUUGAGGAGCUUCUGGUGGGGCAGGAGAUCAGUGUGCUGGCGGUGUCGGAUGGAUACACGGUGGUGAGUUUCCCGGCGGCGCAGGACCACAAGCGCGCGUACGAUGGCGAUGCCGGGCCCAACACCGGCGGCAUGGGCGCGUAUGCACCGGCGCCUGUGGCCACAGCGCAGCUGCUCAAGGCUAUCCACAAGACCGUGCUACAGCCGUCGAUUGACGGUAUGCGGCGGGACGGGUUCCCGUUUGUCGGGUGUCUGUUCACGGGGUUCAUGCUGACGGCCGACGGGCCCAAGGUGCUCGAGUAUAACUGCCGGUUUGGCGAUCCCGAGACCGAGGUUGUGCUGCCGCUGCUGGCCGACAGCUGCGACCUGGCCGAGGUGUUCCUGGCGGCGGCCGAGGGCCGGCUGGACGCUGUGCCGCUGGAGUUCAAGGACGGGUUUGCGGCCACAGUGGUUCUGGCCUCGGAGGGCUACCCGGGCGCGUACCCCAAGGGCCGCGAGAUCUCGAUUGGCGCUCUGGCUGAGGGCACGCAGGUGUUCCAUGCCGGCACUCAGCGCAAGGGCGACUCUGUGGUGACGUCGGGCGGGCGCGUCCUGACGGUCACAGGCGUCAGCGACACGCUGCAGGGUGCGCUCGACCGCGCGUACGCCAGCGUCAAGGCAGUGAAGUUCGAGGGCGGGUUCUACCGGUCGGACAUUGGGUUCCGGGCAGUCGAGUAUCUGCAGAAGACAGGUACUAAUAAGCCCAGCGGCGGUCUGUCGUAUGCCGAUGCCGGCGUGGACAUUGAUGCGGGUAACCGGCUGGUGGAUCUGAUCAAGCCGAUUGUCAAGGCCACGCGGCGCGCGGGCACAGACUCGGACAUUGGCGGGUUCGGCGGCGUGUUCGACCUCAAGGCCACCGGGUACAAGGACCCGGUGCUUGUGUCUGCGACGGACGGUGUUGGAACCAAGCUGAAGAUCGCGCACGAGAUGAAGAUCCACGACACAGUCGGCGUCGAUCUCGUGGCAAUGCAGGUCAAUGAUAUUAUUGUGCAGGGCGCCGAGCCGCUGUUCUUCCUGGACUACUACGCCUGCGGGCACCUGGACGUCGAGGCCACGCGCGAUUUUGUCAAGGGCGUGGCCGACGGCUGCAUUCAGUCCGGGUGCGCGCUGAUUGGCGGCGAGACGGCGGAGAUGCCCGGGCUGUAUGCCGAGGGCGACUACGACGUGGCUGGGUUUGCGGUGGGCGCGGUCGAGCGGUCGCAGAUCCUGCCGCGGAUGUCGGAGAUCGGCGCCGGCGACGUUUUGGUUGGGCUGGCGUCCUCGGGCGUGCACAGCAACGGGUUCUCGCUGGUGCGCAAGGUGGUUGCGCAUGCGGGGCUGGACUUCCACAGCAGGUGCCCCUGGGAGCAGCAGGGGCGGUCGGUUGGCGAGGCGCUUCUGACGCCGACGCGCAUUUACGUCAAGUCGCUGCUGCCGCUGAUCCAUCAGCGGGUGAUCAAGGGCAUGGCGCACAUUACGGGCGGCGGAUUUACGGACAACAUUCCGCGCGUGCUGCCCAAGAGCGUCGGCGCUGAUAUCGAUGCGGAAGCGUGGGAGCUGCCGGAGGUGUUCAAGUGGGUUAAGCGCGCGGGCGGCGUUGCCGCUGAGGAGAUGGCGCGCACAUUCAACUGCGGAAUCGGCAUGGUGCUGGUUGUGGCGCCCGAGCAUGUGCGCACGGUCGUCGAUGCGCUGAACGGCAGUGGCGAGCAGGCGUACGUUAUUGGGGGGCUCACUGCGUUUGGUGGCGAGCAGGGCGAGGAGCAGGUUGUGGUGCGCAAUACCAGCAAGUGGUGAAGAAAAGAAAGGCGCUUUUUGAGCAUUGGUGGAGGGGGGGCUUUGGAACAUAAAUAAAUCAAUGCAACCAUGCUAACUAAACAAACA